GGAAACACUUGAGGAGAUGAAUUUCAUGUGGCAGCUCGUGUUCCUCUUGGGUCUGUUGUCUCUGCAGGGAUAUUCAAAAAGAGGUGAGUGCUGGCUUUUUCCAGUUUAUGCAUCAGAGUUUUAUAGCGCUUUUUUUUGUCAGUGACCUCAAAGCGCUUUACAUUGGAUACAUCAUUCAUGCGCUGACACAGUCACACUUUAGUAGUGGUAAACUAACUUAGUAGCCACAGAUGCCCUGGGGCAAAGUGACGGAAACGUGGCUGCCAGUUUGCGCCUACCGCUCUACCUUCUGGGCUACUGCCGCCCUUGGAUAUGCUUCGAUUUGUAACGUGAGAGAGGAAGUGCUGGAGGGAUUGUUUAGUGCACAAUCUAUUUUAUCAACUGGACUGAGCCUAAGCUUUAAAACACUGAGCUCAACUCACCCUGAAUCAAGAUUUGCACACCUUUUUUUCUUUCAACUCCAGUUUCCUUUUUGCAUGGUACGGUUCUAACCUGCGUUUAUGGAUUCAGUGAUUAAUGUUUGUGGAAGUGAUUCAGAGUCCAUGGAGAGAUUUCCAUUACUCUGUCGUGGAAAUAUCUUCAUGGACUCUAAGGGUCUGAAAGAUCAGGGGCCUCAUGUAUCAACACUUGCGUGGAACUCAUACCAGAAACGAGCGCACGCAAGGUCCGUCACGCUGAAAAAAAUCCGUAUGUAUCAAUGUGUGCGGGCGCCGAAAUCCACGUGUGUUUCCUUGAUAAAUCCCAAUCAGCGUGGAAUUGAGCGCAGAUGUCGGAGUGACUGGGCCCGUCCCCGUUACGCCCUCCUAUAAAUAUGCAGAUUUAUUUAAAUAGGGUCUCCCUGUCCUCGCACGCAGACAAAAUGACAAGAAAAACUACAUUUACGGCGUGCGAGGUGGAGGUGCUGGUGGCGGAGGUGGAGGAGCGACAGCGUGUUUUGUUUGGCAGCCUGUCCAGUGGCGUCAGUGCAAAACAAAAACGCUUGGAGUGGGAGAAAGUUUGCGAGAGGGUGAAUGCGGUGGGUUCCGAGACACGCACCCCCGCGGAGAUUAAAAAAAAGUGGUCGGACCUCAAGGUGGAGGUCAAGCGGCGUACAGCUGCCCUCCGGAGGAGUACCGGCCAGACAGGUGGGGGUCCGGGGGAGGAGACCCUCACACCGUUUGAGCAGCGGGUGGUGGCGAUUAUUAUUAUAGGGUAAGUGGCGUGUCACACAAAUGUCCACAUGCUUUGUCAUCCCACUGAGCAAAAGACGUAUAUUAGACGUCUAGUCUAAGUUUAUACUUCAUUUCAACCUCGGGAUUCAGUCUAUUUCUAGACGUGAUUUAUACUUCGCCCUUAACUUCAUUUUUCAAUAACUUUUUAUGCAAUAAACAACUGUAAUGUGCAUAACUGACCUCGAAAUACUGGAUUACAUUACCUAUGAUACUGUGGAGAGAGAUGUAAACGCAACAGAUACACAGAAGCAGGAAUUGAAAUGAACUAAUAUUUUUAUUGUGUCACAGAAAUUAAUGUGUCGGCCGUGUCGCCGGCUUGCGGAACCCCGGCCCGCGGCAGCCCGUCCGCCGGCUCGGAGUCGUCGGCCAGGACCAGCGGCAUUCGGGCCACCCCGGCCCCAGCACCAGCAUCAGCACCAGCGCGCCGACAAGCGGUGGAGCGUCCACCAGCCGCGGCGCUUCCGCUGGACCACCCGGACGCGGUGGAAGGGUCCUCGCGGAGGGGGUCCUGCAAUCGCAGGAAGAAAUCAUCAGGGGGAUCGCGGGGAUCAACGAGCGGCUGGAUCGGCUCGUAAAUUUCCUCGAGCGUCUGGUGGAGAAAAUAAAUUAAUUUGGCUCAUUGAACUGUGUAUUCACUUCUUACCCAUUCACACUGUGGCGAUGAGAUUCUCCCGCGCGAGGACGGCGGCCCGGCAGGGAUCAGCUCGCAUCCCUCCGUCUGCUGCUGGUUCGUCAUGUGGGGCGACGUGCUGCCCGGCCACGGGGAUGUGGUGCACGCUUGUCACAUAGUGAGUCACCAAACACCGCCACACAGCGUCGCCAAAGUGCGAAUCACAGUCAACGCAAAUAUCCAGCUCAACGCCAAUUUCUACACCACCUCCUGACUUUGCGUUGAUUAGCGCUGGAACCGACGCUCGUUUCGCGAUGAUAAAUCUGGACGUGUGCGCCGAUUUUGGCGUACGCAAGGUUUUCUUGCGCCGCAAGCGUUGAUACAUGAGGCCCCAGGUCCAUCGAGUCUUGUUGCACGUAGGCAGCCCUUCCAAGUAUCAUUCAUGCGUGAGAAAUACUGCAGGAAACAAUAGGAAUGGUGAUGAAGACACACUGAUGCAAACAGAACAAGGUUGAACAUGCAGUGUCUGUGUUAAGGUUUUCUCUGCAGGGAUUUUCCAUUCUCAUAUUUUACACCAAUAACAGUUCAGCCCAGAGGGUAGAAAAGCCGCCAUUCUUUAACAUCUGCAGCUUUCAGAAGAGAGAGUAGAACAAAUGUGGGAUUAGAAAUACACGUUUGUCAAGAGUGAGAUACAAAGCAUCAAUAAUGGUUGACAAGUACGGUCAAAAUGGUAUGUGGUAACAAUUGAAAAACAAUAACGCAUAACUCAGAUGGGUAGAAUUAUUAAUAAAACCUGUGUGGAGGCAUUCUUUCACACUGUUAUAUCAAUGAGUAAGCAUCGCCAGAGCUGAACACGCAGUUUAACAACCUGCAGAGCCUGUUUUAAACUCAUACCUCUCAGAUGUUUUACAUUCCUCAGUGAAAGAAUAGUUGUAUGUUAGUAUGUUAAUCAUCAUUGACUGAAACUCACUGGGUGUGAAUGCUUUCACAGUCAUAUCUGUUUUUUUUUAAUGAGCAUGGGAAAGGAGAAGUACGGCCUUGGAGUUGAGACUUUUCCGCUGAAGCCAUGCAGCUACAUGAAUGCUAUAAUUUCACUCACUUACUAAUUUCAUAAUUUUUCCCGGCAGAGUGACUCUGAACUGAUAAGUAGGAACCCGAUGAUGAACUAAGCUGUCUUUGUUCUCCCUGUAAAGACCACAGCUGCAACCUGUACCCCAUUUGGAUACUGUUGUAAUGUCAUGCCACUUGUGAGGUGAUGUGAGUGGGCGGGGUUGUCUGUUUCUUCACUGCAUAAAGAAUGUGUAUAAAUCUGAAUUCCUCCGUCAGAGGAAGCUGCCUUUGUUGUAAGCUGCUGACUCCUUGCAAGUAAAAGAUAUCGAAGAAAAAGAAAUCCACUUUCUCUGUCGUUCUUCUCAGCUGGCUGCAAGUCAGAUGCAAGUUAAUUUUUUCUGACACUCAGUAUGCUAUUAUACCAUCACUGAAACCAAAUACAGAAACUCUGACCUAAAAUGCAACUGCACUCAACAUCUACAUCUCAACAUGAACCGAUGAAACCGGUGCUCUAUAGAUUAACUUUACAAACAUACUUCAUCCAGCCUGAGCUCCCUAAUGCCAUUACACUGCUUUGAAUCUUAAGUCCUCUCUGUACACGUCUUGUUUACAUAAAGAAAAGUGUGAGAUAACCUGUAGUGUUUGUUUGGAGUUAUGCACCAGAGAGAAUGUACAUGUGCGUGUACAUGUUUUGUGUCUACACUGUGUGAACGCUGUGCAGGCUCUGGAAACAAACACACAUAACUGCAGGUUUAGAUUGUACAUGUGACUGUACUGAGACUGAACUCUUUAUUUCCUGUCUUUGCAUGUUGAUCGUUUAUUCCUCUGUCUCCACACAUUGAAAUUGAAGCUGCUCAAUAAUUACUUUUAUAUCAAAUCAAAUUGCAUAGACCUUUAUGUGUUGGUUUCCUUUGGUCUAUGUUUCUUUAUUUGUAUGUGAGUUAAGACAUGAGAUGUGUAAAUCAGUGAAAUCAGUAGUGUGUAAAGUGUGCAUGAGUGGAAAGUAAGUGUAUAUGUGCAAGGGUGUUGUACAGAGCAAACAUAAACUACAACUAAACAAAGCCAAACCAAAUCAAAUAAAGCCAAACCAAACCAAAUAAAGCUGUGGCGUGUGGUGUAGUUUGGGGUUUCACCUCAUCUGAUUGGCUAGAAAAGCUGGAAACGUCAUCAAACGUUCAAGCUAAACGGUCAGCACUCAUAGCCAAUCAGAGGCGAUUAGAUAAGCACAUGAAACUAUGGUAACAACCGUUAGCUUACGUUAGCACAGAUGAAAGUUAAAACAAAGACGUUUAGCAAACUGUUGAAGCACACAAACCAUCGUCAUAUGAGAUAUCCAACUCUACGUUGUCCUUCAGGUCGUGAUGUUUGUAAUGUUUGUGUCUUUUGUCAAAAAUCACUCUGUUCUCAGACAGGUAAACAAUCAGCCGGUCGGCCAUGUUGGAUAUGCCGGUGAAUCAGAUGUCGCAACAACACGAAAUCUGAUUGGUCAGAAGUGGACACACAGGAUGCGAAACUUUAGAAAAAUUGACCAUGAUGCAAAAAAAUUAAUGCCGCAAUACGGGAAAACGUUGCUGAUGUGAACGCUUGUAUUGACAGGAUACAGGUUCGAAAAAAAAUAUUGACGUCCGAGAUGAUUGCACAAAAAAAACAGUCCCGGUGUGAAAGGACCUUUACACAAAUCUCAAAAUGAGAGAAACUAAUUGGCGAUGUCACUGAGACCACGCCCAUGUAUUAUGUCGUCUAUAAUCAUACCCUAAUGAACCAUAUAUCAUGUCUUUCUGUAAUACUUGUACUGAAUCAUAUUGUACAAUCUUUUUAGGGAUGCAAAUUCUAAAUGUUCUCCGUGAUGAGUCUUUAAUAAGUUGAGGAUCAUUUAUGGAUUACUCAAUAAGAACAUUCAAUUAACAAAAAAAUAAAAUAAAUGAUCAAUACUGAUUUUACUUGAACUCAAACAGAUGUUUAUUUCUCCAGGUGUCACAGAUGAACCGCCAGUUUACUGUAAGUUCAUGGAGACCUGCAUCUUACCGUGCCGUUUCCCCAUUGGAGAGGAUGUAGUCGUCCACUGGAAAGAGCUGAAAUCAGAUAACAUGGUCCUCUCCUACUAUAGCGACCAAGAGCAACCGGAUAGACCAGCUGAACGCUUUAGAGGAAGGACAUCACUGUUCAAGAAGGUCUCUGAAGGAGACGCCUCGCUCCAGCUGAGAUCAGUGAAGGUUCAGGACGAGGGCCGAUACGAGUGCUACACCAGUUCUGCAACUGGUAGUGCAAAAUUGAGAGAGAUGGACCUCAAAGUGGAGGGUAGGAGAAACACACAGAGUAAACAGGUAACAUACAGAGUAUAGAGAACAAAAAAAAACAUCUUGAAAUGUUGUUUUUUUCAGCUCUCCCUGGUAAAGUCAACAUUCAGCAGGAAGGAAACAAGAUCACCUGCAGCGCAGAAGGAGUCUACCCUUCAGCCGAGUUCACCUGGUCCACCAGCCCUCCAGUAACCCUGAACGAGACUAAAGAACCCACAGUCCAGCGGACCGAGCAGUGGCUCUACAACAUCAGCAGUUUUGUUUUAGUUUCAGAUGAUGUGAGUGAUGUGGACUACAGCUGCACCAUCAGGACUCAGAACCACAAGAGGAGAGCCACUUUAUUCAGACCAAGUACGACCUUAUGAGGACCUGCAUGUCGUGGAUCAGUCUGCCUUAAACAGUUGAUACUAAAUGUCCCUAAUUUUGUUUUCUUCAGCUCGAAUCAACAGUUCAAACACUGAAACCAUGAUCCCCUGCACUGAAAACACCACCGGGACCGCACAAACAAAACUCACCUGGAGGUUCAACCACAGCGAGAUCAUCCUGAAUCAAACCACGGCCAACAUCCCCUUGGAGAAGUGGAAGAAACAUGUGAAGAGUGUGUCUGAAACAGGAGACCUCAUUCUACAAGAUCUAACACCAGAUCAAGACGGAGUAUACAGGUGUGAACUGAGCACUGCUGAGGAGACUUGGGUCAGGAAUACCUUUCUGAAGGUUAUACCAGGUGAGAUCCAGAGCUCAGAAAGCACAUCAUUACAGAGUGAUUUAAGAUUUUUGAAGGCCAAUAAUGAUUUUAAAGGGAUAUUCCGGCAUCAAAUUAAUUUAGGGUCAAACACACCGAGUUAGACACCCCCUCGAGAGAUGAAUGUUGCAGACCGCUUACUUCUCUAGUUAUACCAACUUUAGUAACAACCGCACGAUAGCAAUACACAGCGGUCUGAGGAGCCAUAAACAAACCUCAACCAAAACACCACUCUGUAGCCACAAAUAAUGCUCAGAACAGCACCUAACUUCAUCACCAGCACAUAUAGGGUCCUAGCCACAGUACUAGCCAACAAACAUCUCUUUAACUUUGACUCAUUUCUUUAGCAAAGAGACUAAACACAACUCACCUACUCUCUUCCAGCAGCCGCUUGUUUGUAGCGAGACCUCAGGCCAGUCCAUUACGGACCACAGUGGGGUGACGCGGAUUAAGGAACAACAUUUAUGAUCACCAAUUUAUCAUUUCCUUGAAGUAAUAAUCAUCAUAUUAAUCAUUUUUCACUGCAGAUGCAGUAGUUCUUCUGCUUUAGUGUCUCAGUCUGAUUGUAUUUCCAUGAAGAAAUAAUCAUAAAUGUUCUUCCUUGAGCUGCGUCACCCCGCUGUAGUCUGUAAUGGACUGCUGGAAGAGAGUAGGUGAGUUGUGUUUAGUCUCUUUGCUAAAGAAAUUAGUCAAAGUUAAAAAGAUGUUUGGUGUCUAGUACUAUGGCUGUGACCCUAUAUGUCCUGCUGAUGAAGUUAGGUGCUGUUCUGAGCAUUAUUUGUGGCUAUAGAGUGGCGUUUUGGUUGAGUGUAUGGCUCUCUGUAUUGCUAUCCUGCAGUCGUUACUAAAGUUGGUAUAGCUAGAGAAGUAAGCGUUCUGCAACAUUCAUCUCUCGAGGGGGUGUCUAACUCGGUGUUACGGUGUGUUUGACCCUAACUUAAUUUUACACCAGAAUAUCCCUUUAAGAUCAUUAUUGGUUUCAGAAACGGGUCUCCUCAGAGUGUUCGUCAAACAGAGGAGAUGUAUCGUGAUCGUAAACACACACCUGUCCUGACUGUUUAUAAUGCUGGCAACAAAAAAUAAAAUAAAAUCAAUUAAAACAGGAUUUCUAUCAUGUGAAAACCAUCAGACUCAGACGUCAAUUUAUUCUUCAACUCUACCACCAACAGCAGCGAGACUUUAUUUCAACAAGCAGAAACUUUAUUCAGAGCUGGACUCAAGCUUUUCUUAAAUGUCUUCAUUACAGUUAUGAGCUUCUGUUUCCUAAAAAGUAUAAUUAACAGACUGUUUUCUGUUUUCAGGCUCUUCACAUAAUGUUGGGGCAAUUGCAGGCGGGGUGAUUGGAACCAUCAUUUUUAUAGCAGUGCUGAUUGCGGGUCUUUUACUGUAUUUUAGAGAAAGGGGAGAUUACCGUCCCCCAGCAGAUCAAAACCACUAAAAUAGGUGAGUACUCGAGUUUAUGAUCAGCUAUGACUUUUCAAAGCCAGUACUGAAUAUGAAAAUGUACUGACAAUAGAUUUGUUUUGCAAGUUUGUGUUUUUUAAUGUUGCAUUUUAACUAGCUAUGCAUUUCAUUUUUAUGAUAAAAUUCACAUUUUUUAUCUCUUGUUACAAAUAAAUCCCUCCCUUUUUGUAUUUUCAGAGAACUUGAUCAGGCCACACCAGCCAAGGGCGAGCAAGGAGUUCAGGGAAAUGGGCAAGGCGAACAUCUCAGCUGCGGUGACGCCGCAGAGUCCUAGCAUCUGUACAUGGAGCAGCGCAUUCUUCACCAGCCGAGGGAUCCAGCUCUCGUUUCCCUCUUCUUGAAAAUCUAAAUGCUGAAGUUUGAACUCUUUACUGGACACCUCUGAGGAAAAGGUGGAGAGUGAAAAUGAAGUCAAAGAUGAAGUCUCUGACCACACUGUGCCUUUCUAAACUGGGAGACACCUGUGAAUAAAUAGAGAGGAUAUAGAUUUACAGCUGCCUCGGUGAAAACAGAAACCUCUCUCUGCAGGAUUGAAGGUUAAAAUGAAGAAUUUUCAGUUGUCUAGCAGAGCUGUUUUCUCAUGUUCUUAAACUAUUGUUCGGGUGAACUGUAGAGAAGAAGGAAUAAUAAGGAUAAACUCACAGAGAAGGAGGAGCAAAAAAGAAGUCUGUUUUUACAGCAAAAAGAUGUGAUCAAUUUUUUUAAAAAACAACCUCAAUACUAAAUAGGUCAUGGCAUCAGUCUGUACGUUUACAUGACACUCGAGAAAAAUGAUUUAUUUCCUUACUCCGAUUAAGACCGGACAACUGAAGUGCAUGUUAACACCUUAGUCCGACUAUAAUCAGAGUUUAAGAAGUCCGGUUGGAGUCGGAGAACUCUGAUAAAAACACCCAGAUAAUGCGAUUGGAAUUUGAUUUUCUCUACCAUGUAACCAGCGUAGUUGGAGUAUGAUCGAACAAUUCAUUUACUUGAUGCCACGCCCCCUAACCUCGGAACAAAAACACCAGAGAAUAGAAGUAGCGUGCGUCUCAUCUGCAGAAAAAAGUAGCACAUACAUCAUGUACAACAAAAACAACGCUGUACGAUCCUCUGUCUUGCUCGAAAAUGCCCAGCAGCAGUUGUAGACACUUCUGAUGUCUGUCCUGCUGUUGUUGUUGAAGGUUGUAUGGGGUCAGAAACAGCGCCGCUGAAUCGCCCCCAAGUUUUGGGGAGGAGGACACAUUCACAUCAAUGACUUGAUUUUCUCAGCUGCAUGUACACACGGGCAAGGAGAGAAGUCCGAUUCGAUGAGCUUAGUCUGAUUAAAGGUGGGGUAGUCAGGAUCUGAGGAAGCGCCAGUUUUUGGGAGAAACCUUGAAUGUAAACUCUACUCCUCCCAACCAGUUUUCCCCUCAGCUCCUCCUCUCCCCUCCCUCUCUGCUCCAGUAAGCCCCACCCACAAACAGACACUCCUGCUCGCUCGUAUCGUUCCAAUUAAAUUCAGAUAUAAUGCAGAUAAAUACUUCAGAUCAUUACAAAUGGGGCCCAGUCAAGGUGAAAGUCAAAAGCAUUGGUGCUACUGUAGAUGCCAACAGACUACCAGCAAACACAAUGUUUGCAGGACUUCUACAACUAGGAUAAAGUGACAUAGUCCAGGACCCGAGGUCAACAGUUUAGUGAUGGCGCUACAACACGCUACAGCAGGUCCGUUUGACAAGAAACACUUCUGUUACAGACACUUGGCUUACUUUGUUAAAGCAGUUUACCUGUCCAGCAGGAAGGUUACAGGGACCGUAAGAUCCCAAAGCGUCUCCUAUUAUUGUUGACCCGGCUUUUUUAUCUCUUGUCCGGUCUACCUCCGUUUUAAGCGCCCGUUAUUCCUCCAGAGUCUCCGGUAUUUACUUUGUUUUCUUGCUUGUGUCGGCAGUCGUGGCCAAAGGAGGAUUCAGACAAUUUUCCGAAACUUUCUGGUUGGUUUCUACUGUCCGAGAUCGUAGCACGCUAACUUUGUUUGGGCUCAUGAACGACACGGGGGAGCAGCGCCUGCCUCACAACCAAUCAGGUUGGGAGGCGGGGAAUGGCUUUGUUUACAGUCAAAGAGCGGAGCGCUCUGAAAUUUUAAAAUGUUGACCACACAGACAUAACAAAACACAACGAUAUCAUUACAUUUCCAAAUGUCAUCAAUGACUAAUAACUAUUGACUGAUAUUAAAAACUUUUUUGUACAUUAACCACAAAAAAAGAUGCUUCUUUAACGGAUUGCUGCCUACCCCACCUUUAAGCUGUGCAUGUAAAACUACUGAAUGUGAGAGCGACAGGAUUUCAAACUCAGCUAAAACUCCUCAUAGUGCCUUUAACUUACAGAAGAAUACUUAAAAAAUGUCAGGGACCUCUGAGGGAUUCUCGGUACAUUUCUGGACUGUACUGGACUCUUGCACUUUGUUGUCUUUGAAUGUAUGAGAGUUUUAGUGUCACAUUUCAAUCACUGAAUGUCAAAAAAGAAGAAAUUCAACUCUGGCUUCAGUGAGGUGGCGAGUUAGUCAGUCUGCAUCUCAAAUUUAUGUUGAAGUAGAUCGCUAGGUUUUAUUUUUUUUUUCACUGUAUUUAUCAAAACUGAGGAAACUUGACCAUGAGGGUGUUUGACAUCAUCUACUGCAGCUCCACAUUAAAAUCAGAGUGCUGUACUGCUUUACCUCCAGAGAGCUGCUAUAAAGUUUACUAUCUUUACAGUCUGGUGGUUUUGGUACUGGAGAGAUGUGAACACUGUGUUGUUAUAAACACGGUUUUUGUCUCUCCGUUCAAACCCAGUUUACACACUAAGAAGCCAGUCUGUUGUUCCGUUUUGAGGUUUGUUCUCAGGAACUGUAUCAAUGAUGUCAUGUUGGUUCGACCUGCAGUAAAUUUUGCUGUUUGAAGUUCAACUGUUAAAACUGUGAUGGUUUCGUUAUGUGACUGCGGGUUUCCCACAGCUGUGAAGUCUCAGUGAGUAACACUGAGAAAGCCACAAGUGAAACACCGGUCAUUCACUUCAGUCACUUUUGUCUUGUUUGAAGGAGUUUUUGUCUUUAGCUAAUAAAAAUGUUACUUUGAGUUCAGGUCUGGUCAAUUUUGCAGCUUUACCUGAAACAUUUCAGCACGAUAAGUUCAUUACAGGGAUGUCUGAUAUUUUAGUAAAGACACUGCAAAAAUUCACCUCUUUUGUCAUUCCUCAAUUGUUUUACAUCUGUCUGUCUUUCCGUAAUCUAGUUUCCUGACUUCAAAUGAAACAGCACUUACAAAUGAUCAUAUUUUUGUUUAGUUUUAUCUGAAAAUAAUAAAGUUUUUAACGCUGUAGUUUCAGAGUUUGUUUUGGUACGAAGAUCACUGAUGUUGACCAUGAAUUGGAUGAGUUGGGGGGAAAAGCUGAAGGUUAAAUUAAAGUGUUUUCUUAUAUCAAAAUAGAAACUGACUCAGUACAUUUACAUCCAGCUUUUCCCGGUGUCUUUAACUGUGCAGGGGUGUUUCCAUACCCACACUAAACUUUUUGCUUUUGCUUUCAUUUUACCUUCACUCUUAGUCAUGGAGAUGCUAACAAAGAAUCCUUUCACCACAUAAAGUACAGACAUAGAGACAGGUAUAAAUGUCACCAGGUUCAAGACUGAAUCAUUAAAAUAACGUUGGUGGGUGGACAGCGCUGAAAUCUCUCACAUGUUUACACAAAACUGACACUCAGAGAGCAUUUUUGGGCCUGGAAAAAUAGCAAUGCCUCAUUGAGUAUCUGGGAGAAAUGUAAGCGAACUCCAGGAUGAUCUGUGAAUAAGAUCCUGUUGUAAGCUCAGUUAUUUGUUAGACGAAAUAACUGAAAUCAUUAUGGGCAAAAUAGUGGACUUGUUAUGAAAUUCAUGUGGGUCUUAAAGACAGUGAACCCUGUUUUUAAUGUAGAUAUUUAGUUUACCUGUUGAGUGGUGAGGAUAUCUUCAGGUAUCAUGAAACAGAGGAGACAGACAAGCUCUGCAAACAGCGUAAAAAAAGAGUCCAGUCCCUGAAAUAAGAAAUAUAUUUUAAUUAAGAGAUGGUUGAUGUGGAGUUAGACACAGCAGCUGUUCAGGUUACUGUCGAGUGGUGGUUACACACAGCAGCGCAAAAAUUCAUUUAAAUAUAAACAGUUGACUAAAGACACUGCAGCUCCUCAUCAAACAGGUGACAAAUAUGUGAGGUAAAACAUUAAACUUUCAAACUAAAAUCACUGUCAGCUGUAUCCAGAUGAAUUGAAGAUAAUAUAACUCUGCUAGAUUUCAACAUUUAAGUGUAAAUCAAAACAAAGUAUGGCAUAAAAUUAAAGGGAUAUUCCGGCGUAAAGUUAAUUUAGGGUCAAACACACCGUAACACCGAGUUGGACACCCCCUCCAGAGAUGAUUGUUGCCAACCGCUUGCUUCUCUAGUUAUACCAACUUUAGUAACGACCACAGGAUAGCAAUACAGAGAGCCACGCGCUCAACCAAAACGCCA